UGUAAUUCACUCAUCGCCCCUUAUUUGCAACUUCUUUGUUCCUUUUGUUUUGUUUUCAUUUUUUUUCUUUGACACGUACCCAACAAAUGGAAUAUAUAUAUUAACUAGAAAUAUCUUGUUAAGACUAUCAGUUGCAACGUGUGACCACGAAAACACGAGAAAGCACUCAGACCUCAAGGUACAGCUCGUUGUUUUUACUUUAUUUGUUUUGCUUUUCUUUCGGUUCUUUUGCUUCGAUUCUUGCCGUCUUGACUUUAUGGAGCUUUUGGGGCUUUAAUUCUAGAAAUGAAAACCGAAACCCAACCAACUCCAGUUAGGGCCCCUUACUUAGUUACAAGUUAUUCAUUAACCAUUCCUAUGUAUUCCAUACUCCUCGGCAGCUACUCGACAGAGGGGAACAAGAGACAGAAAUCUUGCUGAAAACUUGUUUAUCUUAUCUCAUCUCUGUCUUCGGAAAUGAGCCAGCCUGCGGUAUCCACAGAAUGGCUUAAAAAAAGCCAAGAAAGCACCAAGGAACAUUUGUCAGUUUUAGACGCUACGUGGUUUCCUGACAAAGAUGCUUCCAGUGAUUAUUCAAAGUAAGGUGUCUAAGAAAUCAAAAUAUUCAAUGAUCUUUGCAGAGAGUAGUAUAUUGUUGCAUAAGUCUUAUUGAAAACUUCAAAUUCGACGACCUAACUAGAAAUUUUGCCGUUUUGAAAUGGCUUAGCUAAAUGGGCGACGGCUAGGACGCUCUUAAAUGGAUUAAAGUUGAUUCUUACCACAUCGACAAUGGCCGAGUAGCGUAGUGUAUACUCGCAUCGACAACAAUAUUCGUUAUCACAGUGGUCAAAAUUUGUUGUGGAAGUGGACCAAUGUGACGACGAAUAUCGUUUUCCAUAAGAGUGCAAACUACGCAAAACCACAUUCGAUUUGUUUUUGCCACAGUGUCGACAUCAACCAGUGCGUAACUAUAGCGUGACAUGUUGACGUGAGCAUUGUUGUCUGUACUCUUAUCGACAACGGCGAAUUUGCUACUCACGUUGCGAAAUUACUCUCAAUUGUGGUAAAAAACCUCAUUCAUACCUAUUGAGAAUAAUCGAUGGUUGUUUAGAAAUUCCACAAGAUUAUAAAAUUAGUUUGGUUACAUUAGACGACCUCUCUGAAAAUUGUUGACCGUUGCGCAUGAAGUCUAUUGGGUAUGACAAUCCCUUUAAUCAAACUACCCGACUAUGACCAGUCCCUCCUGUAAAGAUAUGAUUUAUUUAAGUGAAGAAAAAGAAUGAUGUUAGCGUUCGCGGGGUGUUCUUUAGAGUAAAGUGAUUGAUAAAUAGGGACUACCGACACAUCCACUGAUUUUCAGGCGUCAGAUUUUUUUUCUCAAUUGGGUGUAACCGAAGGCAGAGGGCGUACUUGUAAUAGACCGUGACGAGUAAUCCCUCCUUUUCUGACAAUUCCGUCAUGCGAGCCGAAAAAAAAAUCAUUGAAAACAAAAUAACGCGUGGAACUUAUGGAGAAAGGAGCCCGAAAAGAAGGGGUCCUUCUUUUCAAGACCUUCCCGCGGCGCGCCAACAUCGACUUUUCUUUCACUUAUUUUUUUUUUUUGGAAACUUCGCCGGAAAGGAGGGACUACACGAAGUCUAUAAUUGUAAGAUCGAGGAAAGACUGGAGCGAACCAACUGGUGACCGGUGACGGGUCUGCGAAACUUUGCCCCGAUCUAGCCAGCGUUGGCAAUCGAAAAAUGGUUGGCACGAUAAUAUGAAGAACUGCCACUGAAGUUGCAAUAUACUCGAUUUACAUAGUUUCUUUUGUCGAACGGGUGGAUUUGUGACUUUUUUUAAAGAUUAUUUAGUUGUGAAUAAUUAGCAUUAUUCUGGUAAAAUUCAUUCAACGAAAUGGUGCUCAGUAGUGGUGGAUAGUAGUCAAAAGUGGUUAAAGUUGAAAUUAUGUAGAAUAGUUAAUACACAUUAUCUGAUCUUGGCAUUUUCCAGGCAACAUAUUGCAAAUGCUUCAUAUAUGAACAUGUUCCGUGGAGUGGAAAAUACACCACUGUAUCCACGAAAUAUUCCUGAUGUUGAUACAUUUCAAAUGAAUGCAAGAGGCAGCGCAGUGAAUAAAGAUGAUCAUGUUGUAGUCUAUGACAACACUGGAAACUUUGGGUUCUUCAUGGGUGGAAGAGCUUGGUGGAUGUUCAAGGUAAUAAUAUUCCCUCUGUAUCUCUUGGAGCUCAGGGUUGUUAAUAGCAACACGCCCUUCUAUGGGGUCUGUGGACAUGCUUUUCCAGAAAAUUUUGAAAUUUAAGACUCUCUGAGACAUGAUUUCCAGCUUUCUGGAGCAUAUUUCAGUAACAUUUUGUACUCAGACAUUGACAUUAGAAUCAUUUCAAAAGUAAAUAUUUUGUCUUUGAUUACACUUCUCAAAGAAGCUGGUGAAAAAUUGUCUGACAGCUAAUGGGUUUCUGCUUCCCAUAAGCUUUUAGUGACAACCCUUGCGUUGGAGCUAACUAUACUCCACAAAACUAAAACAGGACCCUGCUAAAUUUGUGCCUUUUUACAAUCAAGUCAUUUUUAUUUUACCUUCACAGCUCUUUGGACAUGAAAAUGUCUCAGUAUUAGAUGGAGGUUUGAAAAGAUGGAUUGGUGAUGGUUUUGAAACAACAGAUGCAGUGGUGCAGAAAGGGGUAAUUAAAUUUUUCUUGAUCCUAGAGACUGAUUGUCUUUUCUUGACAUGAUUAUGAACAUCUAAAUUUUGUAAAUAAAAGGUUUUGAAUGCUUUUAAUCUGGUCUUAACAGUUUUGGUUAGAGAAGAACCCCAGUGAUCCAUGGUAGAACCUUUUAAAUGUAAUAUAAACAAAUAGUGAGAUUUCAUAAGCUAAUCACAAUACAAUUAGUCAAGUGCAGAGUGCUUUUUUAUGUUGUAAAACCAAAACCAAAGUAAUCACAACAGUUGGUUACAACAGUUAAUAGCAACAGUUAAUCAAUUUCCUCCAAGAGUAUGCUGUACUCAUUGAUGCUUGCUUUGCUGGGAAGCUAGGCCUCACCAAAUUGAAGCAAAUGAUGAUAUACUUAAAUAAACUUACUGGUGAUUCAGAUCAACUACAGAACCCAAGGCGCAUACUGAAGCUCAAAAACUUUUACCUUGAACUCUGGAAUGUAAAUACAAGUGUGCGUGGCGUAGUGUGAAGGUUAUGAAAUGUUGUGCCACACCCUCUUCAUUUGUUGUAGAUCACACUGGCAAAGCUUCACUACAUUUGAAAAAAGACUGUUGAAGUUUUAAUGAAAUUAGUCUGAAUUGACCAAGCUGCAGUGCAUAAUCCUCAAGCAGCUUUUCCAUAAUAACAGCCAAGGAAAUGGCCUUAAUUUCCAACAAGCCUGGUGAUUUCUUGGAGACCUCCUUGCCCUACUAUGAUGUUGAAUUUGUAUGAAUAUUACUUCUGAAGUGGCUGAUAAAUGAUGAUGAUGAUGAGAACGAAUGUGUAUGAUGCCUAAUGACCCCUUGGAGGUGUAACCAGACAUUAUUAAUUGAAAUGAAAUAUAAAACUACAUUAAAUGUGCUAGCAAAGAGUAGCCAAAGCUCAUAGGUAACAUUUGAUCUGUUUAUGUAGGAUGGUGACUUUACAGCAAAGUGGAACCCAAAAUGGAUAAGGAAGUUUGAAGACAUGAAGGAAAACCUGAAGUCAAGAAAAGCACAAGUUUGCGAUAGUCGUGGACCAAAUUUGUUCAAUCGUUCAGCCAGUGGUAAGGAACAAUCUACAGUAGAUAUGUUGAAGUGAUGAAAUAGUCUAUACUGGCUUUUUGAAUCUUGGGGUUUACUACUUUCAGAACUUUUCAAAUUAGCCUUUGUAUCUAUAAACUAAAUCAGCUUUUUUUUCUAUAAGUAAUAUCUUUACUAUCAAUAUUAUCACCAAUGUAUGUUUGUAUGAGAGAUAGGCUCUGAACUUUGGUUUAAUUGUUGUUGAAAAAACUGUAUAUUGUGCAUUACAUUAAUUAAAAUUAGUUUCAUUUUCAAAUCACUUUCUCUCCUACAUGUAGAUCCAAGCACAGGCCACUAUCCUGGUGCAGUAAAUAUUCCAUUUCCAAACUUGUUUAAUGCUGAAACCAAGACUCUAAAAAGUGUUGAUGAGUUAAAGAAAGGUAAUAAGUUACCCUUGAAAUGAGUAAAACAGAUGAAAUUCAGUGUUGAAAUGCUUGAUCUGUCUUAUUUUAAAGUAAUAUUUAAUAGAUUAUCGAUUCUGUACACAUUAUAAAGAUAUAUCUAGCCAUCAUAAAUUAUUUACUUCUAUCAAGAAAAUAACCUUGUGUGAUAUCUUAGUUUACAAUUAGGUAAUACAAAACAACUUUAUUGACAUGUGUGAAUAAAUUUUAUUGCCUUUCAGUUUACUCUGAUGCAGGAAUUGAUCUCAGCAAACCAAUCAUAGGCAUGUGUAUUGGUGGCAUGUCUUCUUGUUCUUUGGUUCUCACUGCACAUCUCUGCGGAUGUCCUGAUGUUGCACUUUAUCAUGUAAAAUUGAUAUUUUUAAUUUUUAUUUGAUAUUAUGACAUUAUUAGAUUCAGUAGAUCUUCCAAAUAGUGGUAGUGAUGCUAGUGGCUUUUAAAUGCUGUGUCAUAUAAUAUUCUCCUCUUUAUAGGAGGUUGACGAAUUCUUCAACCAUUUAUUUUUGUUUGUUUGUUUUUCUUCCUCUCAGGGAGGUUUCAAUGAGUGGAGACAAAGAGCUGAUGCAACUGAAAUUGAAUGAUUAUCAUUGUUGCAAGAAGCAAUGAUCAGCUGAAGCAUGAUUGUCAUAAGCAUAAUAUAAUGAUUAGAGUACUGCUGCUGCUAUUCCCAUUGUUUAAAAUUAAUGGCUGUGUCCUUUCAGUGGGCCUAACCUUGCACAAUAAAAAGCAAACCAUUAAUGAAUCGUCUUUUUGAAGUUAUUUCAAGCCUCUUUAAAC